CUUGGAGCCGGCCCUGUCCCUAAUCACUUGUGGAAAUGGGGCUUUGGCAGCUUAGUCACUCAGGUGCUUUGGAAAAUGUUCCUCUGACUAAACAGUGAAACUGACAGAAUGCAAAACACCAAGUAAAUAGACUGGAGACUAGAGCGUAAUCCGUUCUUCUCUAAUCUCGUCCGGUUCUGUUUUAUUCGGUGAUGUUUGCAACAAGAGCCCAUGAAACAUUGUCUGGACAGAAGCAGGCUCGUCCAGAUGACGGGGUCUCUUUAAUGUAACUCUCAUUAAUUCUGUUUCCCCGCCUCCAUUUCUUAAACUUUGCUCCGCUGUUUGCAGUUUGGAAUCACCGGCUCCUCCCCAUCUGUAUGCGUGGGGAAGGGCAUCGCCUUUCGGGCCUGGGGCGAGGAGGCAAGAGAUCCCAGCCAGAAUCAAGGCCCUAAAUGCCCCAGCUGUUGGAGAGAUCUCCCUGGCCGGUAGUGAGGCAGUUCGUAUCGGUGGAAGUGAGACUGGCACCCGGGCGCGCUCUGUGCAGGAUGCUCGGAUCUGGAAAGAACACAGGCCUGAUCCUCUGCUGGCGUAAAUCAGCGAAGCACAAUGGAAGUAAAUGGAUCUCUGCUGAUUUAUAAUAGCCAAAUGUCUGGUCCCACGUGUUUCCUUUGACACCAAUGGCAGCCCUGUUGGACAGAGACGGGAGAGGGUUCCACAUCCUCACUCCUGUGCUGGAAAGUGCUGCCCUGUCCAAGGCUGCAGGGACCAGGGUCUACAUGAAACUGGAGAACGUCCAACCUACCGGCUCGUUCAAGAUUCGGGGGAUUGGCUACUUCUGUCAGGAGGCUGCCAAGAAGGGCUGCAAACGUUUUGUUUGUUCGACAGGGGGGAAUGCUGGCUUCGCCACGGCCUACUCUGCCAAGAAGCUGGGGAUCCCUGCCACCAUCAUCGUGCCAACGAGCACCCCCCAGGCCACAGUGCAGAAGUUGGAAGAGCAGGGGACGGAGGUGCAGGUCUUUGGGAAGGUCUGGGACGAUGCCUAUGCAAAAGCCCUGGCGUUAGCGGAGACCGACGGCUGGGUCAGCGUCCACCCCUUCGACCAUCCUUUGAUCUGGCAAGGCCAUUCCAGCAUGGUCAGGGAGCUGAAGGAUUUGCUAGGCCACAAGCCGGGCGCCAUCGUCCUGGCGGUGGGUGGUGGAGGGCUGCUGGCUGGAGUAGUGGCUGGCCUGCAGGAUGUGGGUUGGCAGGAUGUACCCAUCAUUGCUGUGGAAACCAAAGGAGCUGACAGCUUCAAUGCAGCGCUCAGGGCUGGGAGAUUGGUCACCCUGCCGGAGAUAACCAGCGUGGCCAAAUGCUUGGGAGCCAAGAGGGUGUCUGCCCGGGCACUGGAAUGUGCCCGCGAAUGCCAGGUCAUCUCCCAGCUGGUGGAGGAUGUGGAAGCAGUCCAAGCCAUAGAGCUGUUCCUGGAUGAUGAGCGGAUGCUGGUCCAGCCGGCCUGUGGCGCCCCUCUGGCCUUGCUCUACACGGGUCGUGUUCAACAGCUGCAGCGGGAAGGGCACUUGAACCCGGACCUGGAUUCCAUUGUCAUCAUCGUGUGCGGGGGAAGCAGCAUCCAGCUGGCUGGGCUCCAGGCCCUGAAAACCCAGCUGGGCAUGAAAUGACAGCGGAUGCCGACCCCAGGCAGGGCCGGCUCUGCUGCUUUUGCUGCCCCAAGCAGCGCGCCGAAUUGCCGCCGCUGACGCCGGGGAAAGUCCGUGGGCUGUUAGGGCGGCGCGCGCGUUUCCGCAGCGGCAGUUCAGUGGCUUCUGUCUUCCAGCUGAAGACAGAAGCUGCCACCGAAUUGCCACCAUGGGCAACUGAACAUAGCAGCUGCUGCCAAAU